AUGGGGGCAGCUGCGUUCUUUAACCAUUCCUGUACCUUUCCAUUUGCGUAUGGCGACGUUAUCUACUACAGCUGCAUCUCCGUCCGCAGUGAUCAUGCCUGGUGUUCUAUUGAUGAGGUAUUCCAAGGCAGAUGGCGGUACUGUACCGCGGAAGAUCCCCCAAAGUGUACCUUCCCUUUCUUGUACAGAAAUAAACUCUUUGCUAGUUGCACCAAGGAAGGCUAUGUUUUGAGUAGGAGUUGA